UCUCAUCUCACAUUAGAUGGACCUUGAAGUAUAUCUACUAAUAAAUCCCACAUAAAUAAAAAGUCUCCGCUGAGUAGCAGACAAAUUAGAGCUAAGAGUAAUGAGCCUAAGAGUAAUCUAUACUUUACAAUAAAUGAAAGGGAAGGAUGUAAAUAGUACAUAUUCAAGGUCGCUUUAAAUUGUGAUACAAUCUCAUGUCCCAAAAAAGUCACCGAAAUCACACCUCAGCAAUAAUAAACAUUACUUCUUGUUUGUUUUGAAAGAAGAGAGAAAACAGAAAACAUUAGUUAGAGAAAGUGAAGAAAUGGAGUUGAAACAGGAAAACGAACACAUCUUCCGUUCAAAGCUUCCAGACAUCAAUAUACCCACCCAUCUCCCUCUACACACAUAUUGCUUCCAAAACCUCUCCACCCACCGGGCCCGCCCCUAUCUAAUCAACGCCGCCACCGGCGAUACCUUCACCCAUGCCGGAUUCGAGCUCACCGCGCGCAGAGUCGCCGCCGGCCUCCACAACCUCGGCAUCCGAAAAUCGGACGUCGUCAUGCUUCUCCUCCACAACUCGCCCGAAUUCGCAUUCGCAUUUCUCGGCGCCUCCUUCAUCGGCGCGAUCUCCACCACCGCCAAUCCUCUCUACACCGCCUCGGAGAUCGCGCUUCAGGCUAGAAUCUCCAGACCUAAGCUCAUAGUCACCCACGCUUGCCACGUGGAAAAGGUGAAGCACUACGCCGCCGAGGCCGGCGCCAAAAUCGCCACGAUCGACCCCCCGCCCUCGCCGGAGAUCAUCCACUUCGCCGAACUGAGGAGAUCCGACGAGAAGCUGCUCACGCCGGUCGAGAUCCACGCCGACGACACGGUGGCGCUGCCAUUCUCCUCCGGCACCACCGGCCUCCCCAAGGGAGUAAUGCUGAGCCACAAAAACCUAGUCGCGUGCGUGUCGCAGCAAGUGGACGGCGAGAAUCCGGCAGUUCACAUCGAUCGUGAGGAUCGGAUGCUCUGCGUGUUGCCGCUGUUCCACGUGUACAGUAUGAUCUCGGUGAUGCUCUGCUGCCUGCGUGUCGGUGCGGCCGUGGUGAUUAUGCCUAAGUUUGAAAUCAGUGAGUUAAUGGAGUUAAUAGAGAAAUACAGGGUGACGAUUGCACCAUUUGUGCCACCGAUAUUGCUGGCGAUUGCGAAGAGCCCGGCGGCGGCGAAGUUCGAUUUUUCGUCGGUCAGGAGAGUCGUCUGCGGCGCGGCGCCCAUGGAUAGAGAACUUGAGCUAGCACUCAAAGCGAAGCUCCCUAAUGCCGUUAUUGGCCAGGGUUAUGGUAUGACAGAAGCUGGAGUAUUAUCGAUGAGCUUAGGGUUCGCGAAGAGGCCAUUAAAAUUCAAAGCUGGUUCAUGUGGAACUGUGAUUAGAAACGCGCGGAUGAAGAUCGUGGACCCCUCCAGCGUCGCCUCUCUUCCUCGGAAUCAGACCGGGGAGAUCUGCAUCAAGGGAGACGCUGUGAUGAAAGGGUAUUACAAUGAUCCGGAGGCGACGAGGAGGACUAUUGAUGAGGAGGGGUGGCUGCACACGGGCGAUUUAGGGUUCGUGGACGAUGAUGAGGAAGUGUACAUCGUGGACAGGUUGAAGGAAUUGAUCAAAUACAAAGGCUUUCAUAUUGCUCCUGCUGAACUUGAAGCUUUGCUCGUCGCACAUCCCUCUAUAUCUGAAGCUGCCGUUGUGCCUAUGGCGGAUGAGGCUGCUGGAGAAGUUCCAGUUGCAUUUGUAGUGCGAGCAAAUGCUGCAUAUAUUACCGAGCUAGAGAUCAAGAGAUAUAUAGCGAACCAGGUGGCGCCGUACAAGCGGAUCAAUCGUGUAUUUUUUACCGAUACAAUUCCUAAAGCCCCCACGGGUAAAAUUUUAAGAAAAGAUCUACGAGCUAGACUUUAAUUUCAAUGGAGCUACUCAAGUAGUAUUAGACUAACAUCAAAUAAAUUGACAUUUGGAACGAGGAUAUUUAUAUUUUCAAUUUUAAGCUCGAUGUUAGUAAAUGAAGGGUGUAUAUAUAUGUAUUAUCUCAAAUUACAAUUUUAUCUUGCAUGUAUGGACGACAAAUCGGAUUAAUUAAAAUUACGUUUACCUUUCUCUUUUUGAA